CUUUCUCCAGUUUACUUAACUUAUCUCCACCACUCCCUAUUUAAGCAAGAUGUGACCUUUCUCUAUUUCCAUUCUCUACCAUGAACGUCUCUGCUUUUCUUCUGUUGCUGACUGCCUGCAUGGCCCAAGGAGCCCUCGUGCCUCGGGCUCUGUGGCAGUUUGGUGGAAUGAUCCACUGUAUCCAGCCAGGAGUGAACCCCUUGAAGUACGACAAUUACGGCUGCUGGUGCGGGUUAGGUGGCUCUGGGACCCCCCGCGAUGGUGUGGAUAGGUGCUGUAAAUCCCACGAUCUCUGCUACAGAGCCAGCAAGUCUCUUCCAGAAUGCCGUCCUAUUAUUGAUGCCCCUUACAUCAAGAUUUAUGACUUCACCUGCAAAAACAAACAAGUCUCCUGCUCAGCCUCCAAUGACCCGUGCCAGGCCUUUGUGUGCGAGUGUGAUCGUGUGGCUGCCCACUGCUUUGCCAAGAACACAUACAAUCACGAGAACAAGAACCUGGACCCUAAAGUCCACUGUCUCAACUGAGCCAAUACACACAGAAAUAUUUUUAACUGAGCGAUGUCUUGUUAAAAAGUAAUGUAAAAAAUAAAAAUGUAU